AUGCCGCAUGUCAUUCACAAUGCAGAGGACACCUGCCUAAUCAACCAACCUACACAACAGGCCCAGGGCGAGGCCCGACCUCGUCCUGGUGAUGCUGUUGCUGCAUCUCCCACCCCGGCACCUCGCAACGAUGUUGAGAAGUGCAUAGCUUCCGCCAACAAUUCCGAUCAUGUCGACACUUCCCCCUCCUCUGAGGCUGGAAUGGGCCACCCUGACGGUGGGUUGAAAGCGUGGCUGGUCGUCUUUGGCUCGUUCUGCGCCAUGGGCGCCAUCUAUGGCCUUAUCAACACGUCUGCCGUUUUCGAGUCCUACUUCAGAACUCACCAACUCUCUGACUAUAAUCACUCCGAGAUUGGCUGGAUCUUCAGUCUCUACUUGUUCCUAGUGUUCUUCGUCGGUGUCCAGGUUGGGCCACUCUUUGACCGCUUCGGACCGAGAUGGCUAGUCGCGGCUGGCACCUCCUGCAUCACAGCGAGUCUAAUGUUGCUCAGUGUCUCUGAGACGUAUUACCAGAUCAUGCUCACUUAUUCUGUACUUGGUGGUCUGGGAGGCGCUCUGCUCAACGCACCGGCGUACAGUGCCAUCACCCAUUGGUUUGACAAGAAGCGAGGCUUUGCUACGGGCAUUGCGACCACAGCAGGUGGCAUAGGCGGCAUCGUCUUCCCUCUCAUUCUGCAACCUCUGCUCGCAGAGAACGGCGUCGGCUUCCCCUGGGCCUGUCGAAUCCUCGGCUUCAUCAUGCUGGGUCUGUCCAUCCCUGCCAACCUCUUCAUCAGGAGCAGGGAUGCUAUCCAGAACGCUGAAAGCGGCAAGCCGAAAUCCAUUUGGCCAGACUUUACCAUCUUUCGUGAACUACAGUACACCAUUACGUGCGCUGGGUUCUUUUUUAUGGAAUGGGGCCUUUUCGUACCCAUCACGUACAUCAUCUCGUAUACUCUGGCCUUUGGCAUUGGAUCUCAGGACGCGUCCAUGAUGCUGUCACUGCUCAACGCCGGAUCUGUGUUGGGUCGUUUCCUGCCAGGCCUGCUAGCAGACAGGGUCGGUCGCUUCAACGUCAUCAUUGUCACCAUUGGGUUCUGCAUCGUCACAGUCUUGGGUAUCUGGCUACCUUGCCAGGGUAAUUUCGGUGUCCUGGUCGCCUUUUGUAUUCUGUUCGGCUUCGCUUCCGGCAGUAACCUUGGUCUGAUCCCCGUCUGCUUCAGCCAGUUCUGCCAUCCGCAACAAUUCGGAAGAUACUUUGCUACGGCGAACAUGGUCGCGAGCUUUGGCACCUUGAGCAGUGUGCCUAUCGGUGGCGCCCUGCUUAGUCUGGGCCAGAACAAGCUCGGGUGGACAGCGCUGAUCCUUUUCUCCGGCCUCUCCUACGCAAUUGCCUUGUGUUGCUAUCUAGCGGCGAGGGUUCUGUCUGCGGGCUGGAACCCGAGGACCAAGUUUUAG